UGGCAUUGUUAUAUUUCAACGUCACGCUUCAUUCCCCACAUGGUUUCGAAAAACAAUAUCCCUAAUCACAAUGGCAACAAAGAAACCUGAGAGGAAUUUCAGAGCCCAAAUUUUGAGCUUCGAAAGGUACAGAGACAUAACGAAGCGCAUGAGAGAAUAGGGAGAGAAAGAUGAAGGUGGUGGUUGUAGGAGGCAGCAUAGCCGGCCUGGCAUGUGCUCAUGCUCUUUUUGCAGCAGGCUGUAAGCAAGUGAUUGUCUUGGAGAAGGCUCGAACCUUAAAACCUGCUGGAGCAGGGCUGGGCUUGGAGCCCCAGACAUGCAAAGUUUUGGCUGAAUGGGACUUCCAUCAACAACUCAUGGAUUCCACCCUUCCUCUCACCAUUGACCAGAGUCAAGCAACUGAUAGCAAGAGUAAUGCCACCCGAGUGCUUGCUAGAGAUGAGAAUUUCAAUUACAGGGCUGCUCACUGGAGUGAUUUGCACAAAAUGUUGUAUGAUAAGCUGCCAAGGGAUACAGUACAUUGGGGUCAUGAGGUUGUUUCAUUUCAGCAGAGUGAGGAUGGCGUUAGAGUUGAAGUGAAGGUGGCUCAGACAGGGCAAACAGUUGUGGUGGAUGGGGAUUUGCUGGUUGCUGCAGAUGGAUCCAUGUCUCUCAUAAGGAAGCAUUUUGAGCCUCACCAACACAGGAGGUAUUUAGGCUAUUGUGCAUGGCGAGGUGUUUUUGAUUAUUCCAAGAAUGAUUCACCUGAGAUGAUUGCUUCCAUUAAGAAUGUCUACCCUGAUCUUGGCAAAUGUUUGUAUUUUGAUUUUGCCAAGGGAAGUCAUUUUGUGCUUUACGAGUUGCAUGGUAAAAGGCUUAAUUGGCUUUGGUAUGUCAAUCAGCCUGAACCUCAUAUGAAGAUAAACUCAUUAACUACAAAAGUAGACAAGAGCACCAUUGAAAAGAUGCAUGAAGAAGCCAGUGAGACGUGGGGACCAGAGUUAUCUGCUCUUAUGAAGGCAACUUCAGAACCAUUCAUAAAUGUUUUAUAUGACCGAGAACCACUCAAGCAGUUCGUUUGGAAUCAUGUGGUGCUUGUGGGUGAUGCUGCACAUCCAACUUCCCCCCAUGCAAACAGAAGUACAAACAUGUCAAUCAUUGAUGCAAGUGUUUUGGGUCAAUCAAUUGCAAAAUGGGGCUUUGACAAGAUUUCUAUAGCAUUAGCUGAAUACGAGUCUAUUCGGCUCCCUGUGACAUCACAACAAGUAUUGUACUCUCGACGUUUAGGUCUCCUGAAACAGGGUUUUCUGUUUGAUCCCCCACAUAGUUUUCCUUGGUUUGAGGCAGAUGCAAACCUAUGUGACCAGCUGCUUCAAAGGAAUAUGCCUUGCUUCAAAUCGAAUAGCUAGAUAUAAGAGAUAUCAAAUGAGGUUUGUAGUCAGCAUUUGAAAAAAAUUCCUGAAUGAUGGGCGUUUAAAUGUGUGCAGCUGGAGAUUGUUAUCAGUACUUUCCUUAAAAUAUUAUAUCUAAGGUACAUGUUGAUAAUAAUAAUCCUCUGCUAGAGGGCGAUUUUCUUUUGAGA